AUGGGUGCACGUCUCCUGCUGCUGUUUCUGGGCUUCUCCGUGGCCUGGCCCUGCCUGCAGGGUGAGCUGGAUAGGGGAGCGAGCCUCACAGUGCUGUUUGGCUUCACAGCUCUCAAGUGCUACCAGUGUCACCAAGUCAGCGCCAGUGGGGUUUGUGAGAGUGGGAGACGUGUCUACCAGACCCGUGGCAACCAACAGUGCUUUGUGAGGAAGAUCUAUGAAGGUAAGAAGCUCCUGUACGGACUCCAGGGCUGUGAGGACCUGUGCAUUCCCAUGUCCUUCUUCAGACCAAGUGUUCGAGUACAUUUUGAGUGCUGUAAAGACAGGCCUUUCUGUAACAAGUUCUAGAGACUGGCCCUUCCUUGGCCUGCUCACUUGUUCAUUUAGAGCCUGUUCUAUACUCCUAUGGCCUCAAAGGAUUAAAUGUCCCCUCCAGCAUCCUGAGACCUUUAGCAAUAGGUGCUUGCUUCACCAGCUUGACCCAUCACCCUCCAUGUCCCCUCCCCUUCACAGUCUGAUCGCCUUUCUUUUCUCUUGGUCUCUCC